AUGAAGCUCACGGCGGAGCUGCUCGCGCAGUGCGACUCGAGCCUCAAUCCCCUCAAAGACCGGGAAUUGGACCUGCGGGGCCUCAAGAUUCCCGAGAUUGAGAACCUCGGUGCCUCGCGCGACCAGAACGACCUGAUCGACCUGACUGACAACGAUAUCCGCUUCCUCGGCAACUUUCCGCGCAUGACGCGCCUCACGCACCUGAUCCUCUCGAACAACCUCGUGUCGCGCAUUGAGCCUCUGCUGCACAAGCAGCUGCCCUUCCUCGAGACGCUCGUGCUGACCAACAACCAGGUGGCCGACUACCGGCAGCUCGUGUCGCUGCGGCGCCUGCGGCGCCUCCGCUACCUGAGCCUCAUGGGCAACCCCAUCGCGCGCGAGAAGCACUACCGCGCCUUUCUUGUGUGGCGCCUCCCCGACCUGCGCGUCCUCGACUACCGCCGCAUUACCGAGCGCGAGCGCGCCGUUGCGCGGCAGCUCAUGGAGUCCGACGACGGCCGGCCAUCUGCGCUCGCGCGCGAGCUGUCCGGCACGGCGCAGGCGGCGCGGGCAGCGGCGAGCGCGCCGGACGAGCGGCCGGCCAGCACACCCGGCCGGCGCAUGACGCCGCAGGAGCGUGCGGCCCUGGCCGAGGCGAUCGAAAAGAGCGAGAGCAUGGAAGAGAUCCGCAAGCUCGAGGAGCAGCUAAAACUGGGCUACCUGCCCGGCACGUCGAGCCAUCCGUAA